UUUGGAUGACCAUGAAGAUGCUAGUGGGUGACAUCAUUCAAAUCCGCAAAGACUAUCCACACCUAGUGGGCAGGACCACUGUGGUGGCCAGGAAGCUGGGCUUCCCAGAGAUCAUCAUGCCAGGGGAUGUCAGGAACGACAUCUACAUCACUCUCUUACAAGGUGACUUUGACAAGUAUAACAAGACCACGCAGAGGAAUGUGGAAGUGAUCUUGUGUGUGUGCGCAGAGGAUGGCAAAGUACUACCCAAUGCGGUUUGUGUGGGAGCUGGGGACAAGCCCAUGAACGAGUAUCGCUCUGUUGUGUAUUAUCAAGUCAAACAACCUCGCUGGAUGGAGACGGUCAAGGUAAUAACGAUAGUAACAUUAAAAACAGCAGCAAACGUGUGUCUAGUUUUGCAUUAAACCAGACACUGUUUUAAAUGUUUUAUUUAAGUAAUUCAUUUACUGCUUACAACCACCCUGCAAGCUUGCUUUAUAUUUCCCUCAUUUUUCAGAUAAGGAAACUGGCACAGAGCAAGUGAGCAGCUUUCUCACAAUCCCACUGCCACUGUGUGUCUGAGCUGAGGUUGGAACCUCAACCAUGCUCUGGGUUUGUGCUCUUGUCUGCUAGCAGAGGGGCCAGGAGGUGCACUGGAGCUGUUGACAGUCCCCUUCCUUUUUAAGACCUCCAGAGUGCUGGUGGUUUAGUGAACAGCUCUAGUGUU